ACAAUGGAACAUCUCGUAUCAAUUGGGCAAUGCAUAGCGUUCCAUUCCCCAUACUAGCCAUGCCGGUUAAAAGGACAAUCAAUCGAUACUCCCGGAGCGGGGACAACGAUAGUUACGUAGGAAGAGCGCAGGGUAUCAUGGAGGGGUAUGGAUUAUUUAGGAAGUUCAUUUUCAGCAUCUUAGCAACUCUUUCGCUCCUCAUCUUGCUGCAUCAAUUCAAUUGCUGCGAUUCUGAUCCUACCUGCAAGCCGGUCAUCAUCAACAACGCCACUGGGACCCGAUUGAAGUCAAUAUACAAUAUUUUUGCGACCUGGUUAAGAUCAAUGGCUGGAACUAAACACGUCCUGCUGGCCGCAUUGGCGGGGGUAGCAGUCGCAGACCCAAAGGUUUCCCCGCUUCCACCUAUGGGAUUCAACAAUUGGGCUCGCUUUCAAUGCAACUUGAACGAAACUCUUUUCACGCGGACUGCAGAUGAGAUGGCUAAGAAUGGUCUGUUGGCAGCCGGAUAUGAUAACAUCAACCUUGACGAUUGCUGGUCGACUAUGGAGCGAAAUGCCAAAGGCGAGCUCGAAUGGAACACGACCAUUUUUCCCCACGGGAUGCCCUGGCUAGGCGAUUACCUGCAUGAACGCGGUUUCAACUUUGGCAUCUACACGAACGCUGGGAACAAGUCGUGUGGGUUAUACCCUGGUUCUCAGGAUCACGAGGAGAUUGACUCUCUGACUUUUGAGAAGUGGGGAGUGGACUAUUUGAAGGUGGAUGGCUGCAACAUGGAUUUGCAGAAAGGGAGAUCAUACUAUGAAGAGUUUCAGUACCGAUACGAGCUAUGGCAUGAUGUCCUACACAACAAGCUCAAAAAGCCUUUCAUUUUCUCACAGUCUGCCCCCGCUUACUUCAGUCCAAAUUUUCAUCUCGAUCAGAAUAACACCGAUUGGUACCGUACAAUGGACUACAUUAGAAAGAAUGGUGAACUUGCACGGCAUUCGGACGACAUCAAAGUAUACGGUAACAACCCAACCAAUAUUUUCGAACCAGGAGGUCACUGGGAAUCCAUGAUGAACAAUUAUAUCAUGGAAGUGCGACUCUCUCGAUACCAAACUUGCGGGUUCUUCAACGACCCCGACUUCCUCAUCGUAGACUGGCCUGACCUCAGUCUCGAUGAAAAGAAGACCCAUUUCGCACUAUGGAGCUCCUUCUCAGCACCUCUCAUCAUCAGUGCCUGGAUGCCAGACGUCAAGAAAGAAGAGCUCGCCUACCUCACCAACAAAGACAUCAUCGCCGUCGACCAAGACGCCCUUUGCGAGCAAGCAACCUUAGUGUCUCAAGAUUCCGCCACCUCCGUCGAUGUAUUAACCAAAAAUCUGGCAAACGGCGAUCGGCUCCUAACCAUCCUCAACAAAGGCAAUAAAACCACCACCGCCAAAGUCCCCAUAGAGCGUCUCGGCAUCGACGCCGGCGCUCGUUACAAAGCAAAAGACCUCUGGACCGGCCACACCAGCACCGUCGACAAAUCCAUCAGCGUAAAACUCAAUUCCCGCGCAACAGCCAUCUUCCGCAUCUCCCCCGCCAAAGAAGGCAACAAACUUACCGUCACACCCACCGGCCAGAUCUUCAAUACUUUCUCGCUCAACUGCCUCACAGCAACGUCCUCUCAUCACUCUCCCACAGUUCGCUUUGCCCCCUGCACCGGCGACGACGAGCAGGUAUGGCGCGUGUCGCAGCAAGGCGCUAUAUCUUCUCUAGCGGACGACCGGCUAUGUCUUGCUGUCGAUCGAAACGACGUCAGUCUAGAGCGUUGCGAGCGUAACCCUAGUAGUACGGCGCAGGCGUGGAAGUACGGUAUCAGUGGCAACCUGGUAAGCAAGUCCAAGGGCAGUCUUUGUUUGACCGAACUCGGACAUGGGAAAGUUGAGGCAAGGAAGUGUGGGAAUGAGGUUGAUAGCCAGGUCGUUGCACUUCCUGGUGGUGUCAAGCUGGAGUAGUUGGAAGCUGGUUAUGGUUACUUUCUUGGGUGGUAGGAAGUGUACUGUAAUGCUAUGUUGUAGCAAUCUAGGAUUAUCUUUCUAGUGUAUUGAAGUCUGUUGAUAAAUCUGUGCUGUGGUUCAUCUGGGAAAAAACAAGCUGUCUGUAAGCAAGAGCUAAGCUCUUAUAUUUUGUUUGUUUUCCACUACGCCGUCCGCUUUUGUGUCAUUUCAACAGCAAGUACGUUCGAUCGGUCGCCCAUAUUCAUCUGAAAUGCUUGGUACCAUACUAUCUGACAACUCUACUCUUUAUUUUUUAAUUCUUCGAGAACACUGUGAUCUCGCGCUUUUCGUUCUUCGCUCCCGACUCGCUUCAUAAGCAUCGACUGCUACAUACAGGGCCUUGUCGCUCCACGCCCGCAUCACUCUAGCCUUUGCCAGAUAGUUCUUCCAUAGAGACGAGCAGUAAGUUCUUUCCCCACCUUGCUGGUUCGUCCUGCAAGAAUUUCGAAGUAACAAUUACACAGCUGGUUAUUCUGUCACCCAGCGUCCACUGCCACUGAUUAAUACAUAUGAAGAGGAUGGGAGUGAAAUACGGUUGUAUGGAGGGGAAAAGGCAGACGAGCUGGUGAAUGAAUUGUUUUCUCUCGCUACUUAUAUCCCAUUUUCUUGACGCAAGACCAACGCGUCUAUCUCGCCCCGCAAUACGUCUUUGAACGAGCAUGUAAGCACGUAUAUCAAAUGACUGAUAAAUCUUUUCGCAGUUCCAUGUAUCCGCAGAGCGACUACCGCAGCGGCGGUCGUUAUGAUAUCUCAACAGCUGUGCGGUAUAAAUCUGAUCGCUUGCUCCUCGCAAAGCCUUGGACUCAUUGGUUUUUUUGGAACGCGAAACGGAAUCGUCAUGCACACGAUGAUGAGACGAGCCCAACUAGCUCGGUAGAAAGUAUUGAGAUGGAAUCGCUCGAUAGUCGAAGUCGCACUGAUUGACCUAACCGUAGCAUACACGCAAUACUGUCUGUUGUUCAAUUUUUGGGGGGGCUGCAUAUGCACAUGAAGUUCUAUACACGUUCGCCCAUGGCGUUUGCAAUUGAUAUUUCUUGCAUCUUGUCUGUCUCUGCGCGCCCCUUUUGCUACUUUAAGCCUCGACUCCGUUUUCGGCC